AUGCGCGCCGUGAAGAUGGCACCUGCUGGCGGGCUGGCGCGGGGUCUGUGGGUGCCGCUGGCCGUGCUGGCCCUGCUGGCCCCGGCCGCGCUCGCCCUCACCGAGCGCUACCCGGCGCUGUCCCUGUUCCAGCAGGAGCGGCACCGGCAGCGCCACGGCCCGGCGGGGGAGUGGGCAGAGCAGUACUCGGCCGAGUGCGAUUCAUCAUUUUUGCACUUCCAUGAAUCGGAUUGUGACAUAGGAGGAUCAUCGUCCUGUGAAUCUAUACUUUCCUUGAAUACAGAAAAAAUUCUGAGUCAAGCGAAGUUGCUUGCAGAACAAAAACGAUUUCCAUUUGCUACUGAUAAUGACAACACAAAUGAAGAACUGGCAAUUGCAUACGUGUUGAUCGGCAACGGCUUGUAUGAUGAAGCUAUACGACAUUUUUCAACAAUGCUGCAGGAAGAACCAGAGCUGGUUAGUGCAAUUUAUGGACGAGGGAUAGCAUACGGAAAAAAAGGACUGCAUGAUAUGAAAAAUGCUGAACUUGCUCUGUUUGAGCUCAGCAGGGUGAUUAGUCUAGAACCAGAUCAUCCUGAAGUAUUUGAACAGCGAGCAGAAAUAUUGUCCCCACUAGGACGAAUCAGUGAAGCAUUAUCAGAUCUUACCAAAGCAAUUCAGCUACAACCAUCAGCAAGGCUCUACAGGCACAGAGGUACCCUUUACUUCAUAUCUGAGGAUUAUGCAACAGCCCAUGAAGAUUUUCAGCGCUCACUGGAACUGAACAAAAAUCAGCCUAUAGCUAUGCUUUAUAAAGGCUUAACCUUCUUUCACAGAGGACUCCUGAAGGAAGCCAUUGAAUCCUUCAAAGAAGCUCUGAAGCAGAAAGCAGACUUCAUAGAUGCAUAUAAAAGUCUUGGACAAGCCUACAGAGAGCUUGGCAACUUUGAUGCUGCUACAGAGAGCUUCCAGAAGGCUUUACUGCUGAAUCAAAAUCAUGUCCAGACAUUACAGCUCAAGGGAAUGAUGCUUUAUCAUCAUGGUAGCUUAGAUGAAGCACUAAAGAAUUUUAAGAGAUGUCUUCAGCUAGAACCAUACAAUGAAGUGUGCCAGUACAUGAAGGGUCUCAGCCAUGUUGCAAUGGGACAGUUUUAUGAAGGCAUAAAAGCUCAGACCAAAGUUAUGUUAAACGAUCCUCUACCAGGACAGAAGGCCAGUCCAGAAUAUCUGAAAGUGAAAUAUCUCCGAGAGUAUUCUAGGUAUUUGCAUGCACAUUUGGAUACCCCUCUUACAGAGUAUAAUACUGAUACAGAUCUUCCUGGAAAUUUCAAAGAUCACUGGGCCAAAAAUCUUCCUUUUCUUAUAGAAAAUUAUGAAGAACAGCCAGGGUUACAGCCACAUAUAAAAGAUGUGUUAUUUCAGAAUUUCGAAAGCUAUAAGCCUGAUGUGCAAGAGCUCAUAUGUGUAGCUGAUCAUCUGGGUUCCAUGAUGCAGUAUGAGACACCAGGAUUUCUUCCAAAUAAAAGGAUACAUAGAGCAAUGGGAUUGGCCACUCUGGAAGUAAUGCAAGCUGUGCAGCGGACUUGGGCAAACUCCAAAGUUCGGAUGAAUGGGAAGACCAGGCUGAUGCAGUGGAGAGAUAUGUUUGAUAUUGCUGUGAAGUGGAGAAGGAUAGCUGACCCUGACCAGCCUGUGCUUUGGUUGGACCAAAUGCCUGCCCGGAGCCUUAGCAGAGGUUUCAAUAAUCACAUUAACUUAAUCAGGGGACAGGUCAUUAACAUGCGGUACCUGGAAUACUUUGAGAAAAUUCUUCAUUUUAUCAAAGACAGGAUCCUUGUUUAUCAUGGUGCUAAUAAUCCAAAAGGACUGCUAGAGGUUCGAGAAGCUUUGGAAAAGGUACAUAAAGUAGAAGAUCUUCUCCCCAUAAUGAAGCAGUUUAACAGUAAAACCAGAGAUGGGUUCACUGUGAACACAAAAGUCCCCAGCCUGAAGGAUCAAGGGAAAGAAUAUGAUGGAUUCACAAUUACAAUAACAGGAGAUAAAGUGGGGAACAUACUAUUUUCAGUAGAAACUCAGACAACAGAAGAGAGAACACAGCUGUAUCAUGCAGAAAUAGAUGCACUAUAUAAGGAUCUAACAGCUAAAGGAAAAAUUCUAAUUCUGUCUGCAGAGCUGGGGGAAGUAGAUGCUGUUUGCAACUUGAUCCUGUCACUAGUUUAUUACUUCUAUAAUUUAAUGCCACUUUCAAGAGGAUCUAGUGUGAUAGCCUAUUCAGUGAUCAUGGGAGCACUAAUGGCAAGUGGAAAAGAAGUAUCAGGAAAAAUCCCUAAAGGAAAGCUGGUUGAUUUUGAAGCCAUGACAGCACCAGGGUCUGAAGCGUUUACCAAAAUAGCAAGGAGCUGGAUGAAUCUAAAAAGUAUUUCACCUUCUUACAAGAGCCUGCCAUCGGUAUCGGAGACUUUUCCAACCCUGAGAACAAUGAUUGAAGUACUAAAUACAGACUCAUCUCAUUGUCUAAAAAAAACUAUAGUUGUUGUAUAAUUUAUACAACUAAAAGGCCAAGAGGUACUGCUUUUUAAAUAAUUUUGAAUGACAAAUUAUGAUCAAAAUGGUUUGAUUUUAUUUUGCUUUUUUUAAUAGAACAAACUUAAUUGACUGUUAAUCACCAGUAAAAGAUAUCUUCCUGUGACCAAUAAUAUUAAAGAGGAAAAAAGAAGUAGAACAACUACUUUUUCAUAUUAAGACACACUCUAACAGAAAUAGUUAUUCAGGGGCCAAACUGAAGAGCAGUAAGAAACUUGGUCAGUUACAGACUGAACAGACUGCAGGUGAAAAUUUAUUUAAUAAAAAAAAAAGGAAAGUAAUCUUCAUUGGAAAUAACACUAUACUACUUCUCAUUGUUUUUUUCCAAACCUCUGCACAGAAAACUUAGAGCUCUCCCAUGUGUGAGUAGCUGGAGAAUACACAGGCAUUUCAUGUACUGCAGCCCAGUGAAGGAACAGAUGUCAGCUUAAAAGAAUGAGGUUCAGGGAUACAUCAUUAGGAAACAAAACCAAACCAAUUACUUAUUUGGAGUUAGGCUAUUAGUGAGCAAAUGUCAGAAACACAACAAUCUCCCUUUCCAAGUACCCAUUGGUGAUGGUUGGCAAAAGUUAUUAACAGAUUGACAGGAUUGAACUAUAUUGGGAGCACUAGUUAAUGUUCCUUGAGUUUUUUGUUGGACAAACUUGGCAGCAUUCUGGAAAGGCAGGUUUCCUUAACCAAACCUUAAUAAAGGUAAAUUUGACCACCUGUCUGUUUAGUACUAAUGAAUAUGAAUUCUAAACUUUAUUGAUCAGAA